UAGGCGUCAACUGUUGCCAUGGAGACGCCCCGGAAGUGGUAACCCUCAGCUGCGCUUGUAAGUGCCUGGGUGCUGCUGGGAGAUACUGGUGCAUCAUCCCAUGGCACUAUGGCCGGGAAACUGAAGUGGGUGACGGACAUUGAGAAGUCUGUGCUCAUUAAUAACUUUGAAAAGAGAGGCUGGGUGCAAGUGACGGAAAGCGAAGACUGGAACUUCUACUGGAUGAGCGUUCAGACCAUCCGCAACUGCUUCAGCGUGGAGAACGGGUUCCGCCUCUCCGACGACCAGCUUGUCAAUCAUUUCCCAAACCAUUAUGAGCUCACCAGGAAAGACCUGAUGGUCAAGAACAUCAAGAGGUACCGGAAAGAGCAGGAGAAAGAGGGGAGCCCCCUGGCCGAGAAAGAUGAAAAUGGAAAAUACCUCUAUUUAGAUUUUGUUCCGGUCACGUUCAUGCUUCCGGCCGACUACAACCUCUUUGUGGAAGAAUUCCGAAAAAGCCCCUCCAGCACGUGGAUCAUGAAGCCGUGCGGAAAAGCCCAGGGGAAGGGCAUCUUCCUCAUCAACAAACUGUCGCAGAUCAAAAAAUGGUCCAGGGACAGCAAAACGUCAUCGUUUGUAUCACAGUCGUCUAAAGAAGCCUACGUCAUCUCCCUGUAUAUCGACAACCCGCUGCUGAUCGGGGGGAAGAAGUUUGAUCUGCGCCUGUACGUCCUGGUCACCACUUACCGGCCGCUCAAGUGCUACAUGUACAAGUUGGGGUUCUGCCGUUUCUGCACCGUGAAGUACACGCCCAGCACCAGCGAAUUAGACAACAUGUUCGUGCAUCUCACCAACGUCGCCAUUCAGAAGCACGGGGACGACUACAAUCAAGUCCACGGCGGCAAAUGGACGGUGAGCAACUUGCGUCUGUACCUGGAGAGCACGCGGGGCAGAGAAGUGACCGACAAGCUGUUCCAUGAGAUUCACUGGAUCAUUGUCCAAUCACUGAAGGCCGUUGCUCCUGUAAUGAAUAAUGACAAGCAUUGCUUCGAGUGCUAUGGAUAUGACAUUAUCAUCGAUGACAAGUUGAAGCCGUGGUUGAUUGAGGUGAAUGCGUCUCCGUCGCUGACGUCGAGCACGGCCAAUGACCGUAUCCUGAAAUACAACCUGAUCAACGACAUCCUAAACAUCGUGGUGCCCAACGGAGAGAUCCCCGACUGCAAACUGAACAAACUCCCGCCCACAGAGGUGCUCGGCCACUACCACUUACUGUACGACGAGGAGGCAGCGCAGGCGGAUGGGGCGGAGCGAGACCUGAAGAGUCGAGGGGGGCAACCAACCGGUGUGAAAGGAAGCCGAGCAAAGGAUUCUGGGAGACCUGCGAUGACAACUUGGAAGUAGGAUGGCCACACCCACUGAUAAAAGGAAAUAAGCAAAUCACUUUUUCCUGCUGUCCCAAAAAUACAUUGUAUAAAUAACUUAUUGUGCACUAACAA